GUGUCGUUGCUUGAUAACGAAUCUCCUCGCAAUUGCAUUUCGUCUCUUGACCUUCGAUUCACCUCGGUCGACGACUAGCCGUGUUUAUUUGAACCUCGCCGAUACUUGAAAUGGAUCCCAUUGGAUUGACAGCCAACGUUAUUUCGCUAAUUCAGGCGUGCGCUACCAUAGCGAGCUACGUAUCGAAGGUCAAGGAGGCAGAAGCGGACUGCAAUAAAGUCACAUCUGAACUCAACAGUACUGUGGCAAUAUUGAAGGAGCUGGAGGCCCUCAUUCGCAGGCUGGAGAAGGAUGAUUCGAGUAAUAGACAAGCAUGCUUGAGUGCCCUGGCCCCUCUCUACAGUAACAACGUUGUUGAAGUAUGCCAGGCGGAUUUGAACGAAUUCGUUGGGUGGCUUAAUAAACAAAGCGAGAAGAUGAAGAGGGUUUCUGGGAAAUUACUGUGGCCGUUGAAAGGAAAACGGAAGGUAGAAAAUCUGCUGAAAAAGCUGCAAAGCCAGAAAAUGCUCUUCGUUCUCGCAUUGCAGAUCGAGUCGAGACACACUCUCACAGAUUCUCGCGAUGCAUUCGAAGAAUUCGUGACGAAGCAGAAGGUUCGAAAUCAAGAAUCGCAUUGGCUGAAAGUCAUGAAAUGGCUGAGAUCCGUCGACUACGAAUCGAAGCACAAGACUGUCUGGGCUCGUCGUGAGAUGGGUACUUGCAGUUGGCUGUUGGAUCAUCCCCAAUUCAUCACUUGGCAACAAUCAUCGUCAAGCAUUAUGCUGCAUUUGCGUGGGAUACCUGGGUGUGGUAAGAGUACUCUGAUAUCAACUGUGAUCAAUGCACUGCAGGAACCAGAUGAAUCAUUUGGUCCUUGUGCGCUGGCGUAUCACUACUGCGACUUUCGGAACGAGGACUCGCGAAACCCUGCUGUCGUGCUUCGAACACUUCUCGUUCAAUUCACCAAGUUUGAUCCCUCUAUUGAUACUCUCGACAACCUGGCCAGACACCGGAAUGAGAAAUUACAUACUCCAACCUUUCUCGACGAUAUCUACGCUCUACUCGUCCCUGCUAUACGUGCCGCACGGUAUACACCUGUGGUGGUGGUAGACGCAUUGGAUGAGUGCUCAGAUUUCCGAGCCCUCAUUCAAGAGUUGGAACGCCUACACAAUGAUGUGGCGGGUAUCCGGAUACUCGUCUCGAGCCGAUCGGAAGAGUCUAUCAUCACUUUGCUGAAGGGUCGCUCAUUCAUCGAUAUAACAAAGGAGGCACGCUCAGUGAACAGUGAUAUUGCCUUGCAUAUUGAUAAAUCCUUCGACCCUCCAUCGAGGGUGGAAUGGAUUCCCGAAGAUCUUAUUCCAGAAGUCAAAAGGACCCUCCUGAGUCGAGCCAGCGGCAUGUUUCGUUUGGUUGACGCCCAAAUCGCUCUGCUGAAACUGAGCCACUCACGUUCUGACAUCAUGAAAUCUCUGCAAACCUUACCGCAAGAUUUAUAUGAGGUUUACGAUCGAAUACUACUCGCUAUAGAAGAGCGGGGAGAAGGUAGCCAACGUAUCGUCCAUCGCACUCUUCAGUGGCUUUUUGGCGCAGCUGGAUCUCUUACUCUAUCGGAACUCAAUGAAGCGAUGAUGAUUAAGCUGGAUCCACCAUCGCUAGAUCGAGACCUUGGGAUUUUGGAUCCUUCAAGCAUUGUUGAAGCAUGUGGAAGUCUGGUACAGUAUAACAAGGAUGGUGAUACUGUUACGAUAUCUCAUUAUACGGUGAAGGAGUAUUUCACAAUCAAACGUCAAAGCUCGAAUUGUCGAGUACCUCGGUUGCUACUGGAGUAUGACUGGUCACGUGGCAAGAUAGAAUUCAAUCUGGCAUGCCAGUCGGUUGCAUAUCUGUCAACCGUUAGUCUUCCGUCCUCGGUAGUCACAUCCCUUCAAGUUGUAUCCAACGCUUCACAUGAUAACUUCUCGCGACGGUCUCCUCUCGUACUUGCCUUAGGUCAUUUGAAGGCUGGCCUUCAGACAACCUAUCCUCUCUUUCGGCAUGUGGCUAAGUAUUGGCAACAUUACCUCCUCGAUGAAAGUCUUAGGGCACCCGGUGCAAGCAAUAGGAUACCCGACGACCUUUUGGACAGAGCUUGGACUUUUUUACUUGACAGGGAACGCCUCAUUCUGCUGCUUGUUGUAUGCAACAAGUUUCCCAGGAUCAUGUCACCUUUCAAGCCUUCGCCAAGAUUUGAAGAGAUCCCACUUUCGUUUCUCAUUUAUUUGGCUAUCGACAACUGGUUCCACUAUUUCAGGGAACGUAUGCUCCGCAACGACCAGGAUUCAACCAACAGGUCUCUUCAUCCAUGGACCCGCCUAUUUGUGGCCGUAACGUACCAUGAUUUCUAUAUUGUGAAAUACGAAGCUGGUGUCAACGUUGCAGAGGAAUCUGCAGCGGUGUUGGAAGCUCUAGCACCUAAGAGUCUCGAUUUUAAAACACUCCAGCUCUUUUUCUGUCCUCCUCGGAUGGAUCCAUGCUCAACCAGGAGUGCCAGUCGUUUCGCUCUCAAGGGGUCUUCAAUCUGGAAUCUACGCCAUAACUGCAUACCGCACAACUCCUUCUUCUACCCACUGUUUGAAGCUGGAGGGGACCUCGAAUUCGAAUCUGAUACAGUUGCGACUGAUUUGAUUAAUAAUGAUCUGGUGCCACGAUGCUGGCAUACGGCUUCAACCCUUGUCAAGGAAGGAUGCGAUCCAAGCCUGCAGGGCAACGAUAGCGCCACCUUCUUUCAGCACAACAUUUUUAAUAUUACGCAAGACAUCGUCUCUUCCCAUCCCGGUGUCGUCGACAAUCGGAGUCUCUCACCUGCAUGCUGGGAUCCUUACAUACUCAGUGUACAGCUGCCAAAAGCGCGCGACCCCAGAGAGCUUGACGAUUUGGUUUCGCAUCUCGACAAUGCAAGCCAGUCGAUCAGCGCUACGACAAUCCGCGAAAGUCAUGAUGCUGAGGAUAAACUCUCCUCCAGUGCUGCAAACGAGACUGCUAUUCUAGUAGGAUCUGGUUGCGAGCCGUCUGACGACCUCCAUGCUGUUUAUCCUCGACGUAGGCUACGCAGAAAUCGGGAUUCAAUCAACAAAUUUUUUUCCGCAUGGACUCGUCUAUAUAUGGCCGUAACAUACCGUGAUUUCUAUGUUGGGAAACGUAAGGUGUACCUUGGUAUCAACGAUUCAGCUGAAGCUACAGUGGUGUUGGGAGCUCUAGAACCUAAGAGUCGCGGUUCCUCAAGAUUGCAGUCGGACGUUCGUGUGGAUCCGUCAUCCAAGCAUGUCAAUCUUAGUGAAUACGAGCAGUAUUCAAUCUGGUUUCAGACCAUUCAACGGAAAUUGCAUAACACCUUCGCGUUCUACUCACUGGUCAAGGCUGCAAAGGACCUCAAUCUCCGAUCAGAUGACGGUGCGACUGCUAUGGUUACAUGGGGUCGAGAUAAUCAGGACCAUAUGGCUCCAGUGCUUGUCGAGGCAGGAUGUGAUCCAAGCCUGCGGGACCCUAACGGCCACACCAUCUUCUGGCACGUUCUCAAUGUUACAAACGACUUCAUCUCUUCUCAUCCCGGCAUCGUUGAGAAGCAGAUUCUCACACUCAUAGAGACAGGCUGCGAUCCUCGUGUUCCCAUAUCACUUGAUCCAAAGAUGACUGUGCUGGAGAAAGCACGUAGCCUCGGACUUGUUGAUGUCGUUUCCUAUCUCGAAAGGUCACUCUCUACAACUGUUGCACAGGAACAGGCGACCCCUGCGGAGGAUGAGGCUGCUGUUUUAGUGGAACCUAGUCGAGAGCCAUCUGACGAUACCCAGACUCUUGUUGAAAGUCUGUCUGACAUGCAGGUCGAGGCAGAUGAGGUUAGUUAUCAUGCGCUGCCUAAGAGCGAGGACGGCGUACAUGUAUUCGAAAAGCAGUGGGAGGCUUUCGAGAGUUCGACUACAAAGGAGAUUGAGCAUGCCGAUGCUCUCUCACAAACGGAGCGUAAACGAGAGCCCGAGAGCAACAAGAUCGCUAUAUCGAAUGCUGAUGAUGUACAGCCUACUCGCCCACAUGGAUCCGAAAUUGAAGGUAAUUUGCCAGACAAUGCUGUCCACCCUCGACCGAAUAUUCCUGAUAGUCUGGCGCGCAACGGAGAACUUCGAGGUGUGUUGUGGACGGGAAUUUCAGGACUUGCCGUUUUAUAUUGUUCUUACCUUAUGGUCCUGAAAAUUAUCUAUUACAUGACGGGAGAUACCUCGUGGAUCGUGGAAUGAUCGAGACACUUUGCGUCCUAGUAGCACGCUACAGGUCUUCCUUCCUAUAUCUUCUGACCUUUUGCACAAGUAAGGACUGCAUAGAGGCGUGCUAAGUGGAUGAAAGUGCGGGGUGGACGAAAGGCAACACAUAGCUAUACCUUUAUGUUGGAAACCGAGGCUGGACAUAUCAGAUUAUAUUUGUGAAUGCAAUCUACGAACGGCACUGACCUUCAGAGGAACUCAACGUCCAGUGUAGAUAUCCUAUGCUAGACAGUGAGAGCAUCAAAGGAAAUAAAUGGGCUGAAGCGGGG